CGCGUACCAUUCCAUUCGAGUUCAACAUCACUUCCAAGAAGGCUUCGUUCUUGUAAUUCUCAGCCUUGCCCCACUACCCUGCUGAACUGUUUACCUACUUUUCCAGGAGUUAGAAGCCGGGCAAUCGAACAACUACCCACGUAGUUCACGAAUACGCCUUAAGCUUCCUUCCUUCCUUCACCGAAUCCGAUACAUUUAUUACAUACAAUAUGCCACCAGUUAGAUCCCUCGGCUCGUCACGAUCCAAGAAGCCGCCAGCCGGGUUCGACGACAUCCGCGAUGACCUCGAGAUCUUCAACAUCAAGAUGAAGGACGCGCAGAACUUGCCUACCAACAACAUCCCUAAGCACCAGGCGCAAUGGCCCAUUUUCCAGAUCUCUCACCAGCGGAGCCGAUAUGUCUACGAGCUCUACUACGAGAAGGAGGCUAUCAGCAAGCAGCUAUACGACUGGCUGCUCAAGAACGGGUACGCUGACGCUAUGCUAAUUGCUAAAUGGAAGAAGCAGGGUUACGAAAAGCUAUGCUGUCUUCGCUGCAUCCAGACCAAGGAGACGAACUUUCAGUCGACGUGCGUCUGCCGAGUACCCAAAGCCCAGUUGAAGGACGAGCAGGAUGUCCAAUGCGUUAGCUGUGGCUGUAGAGGUUGUGCCUCGAGUGAUUAAAUUAUGGUCUUUGAGUUUAUGCACUGGUUGGGCUUCGCGGCAUAACGGCGUUAGGGUUCAUUCUACAUACUGGUUUCCGGCAUUACUAUACCUAUUGGAAUACGGGCGAUCCGUUUCACUGCAUGAUAUCACGAGCUUCUAGGGAAGAUAAUGGAGUAAAGACUCAAUUCAAAAAGCAUAAUUUAUCAUGGGCUAGAAUAUCAUUCGUAUGGUAUGUAAUGCUAGCUAUUGAGGUCAUAGCUAUUGAGGUCACUGGGCUCGUGCUCAUGCUCAUUCUCAUAAUUUCGUGCUCUCGUGUCCUCAUUUAUCGUUGUUUUCGUCACAUCAUCGUCUUGCGAAUCCAGCUAUUCCUUUCCUGUGGCCA